AUGAAAAAGAUAUUCUCUCUAUUUUUGUUUGUGUUUGCAAUAUGUCAGAAAGGACUGGGGGUAGGAGGAAAUAAUUCUCUUCCAGAUCAGACUAGAGCAAGGAUUAAUUUGAUGAUUCAAAGACAAAUUAGAGAUUUUAAUGUUUAUAUUCCAAGUAAAGUUGUUAGAGAUAUUUCCAAAAUUUUGAAUGAUUCCAUUUCAUUAAGCCUUGAAAAGAUUAACACCCCAGUAUUAGAAUAUUGCAACCAGAAAAUUGAGGAAGUUCUUGAGACAUACAAGGAAACUCUUCCAGAUCAUUUCAAGAAAGAUUUGUGUUAUAAUGUAAUCGUAAAACAUCUACAACUUGUGGUGAAUCGUCAACAUUUUGCUGAGAAUAUAUACAAAGUAUCGUCAGAAAAUAUAUGCGAGAGUUUAAAUACUUCAUCCCCAUUUAACAAAUUUAAGCAGAAUGAAUGUUCUCCAAGCCUUGAAAAGAGUAAAAUAGAUGACAAAAGUGAAACGGAUAGUAAUCACAAAAAUAGAAUUGUUGUAACUCCAGAAUUGGCAUAUUUAAUUUCAGAUUUAAUUCCUUUAGAACCCACUCAUGAAGACUGUGUGGUAGCCUUUAUGAGGGUAUUAUCUUUACCAUUUGGUAUAGAAAAGGAAAAUGUUGACAAACUAUGCAAAUCAGUACUGGAAAUGGGAAAAACACAAUACUUUUACAGAGGUGAUCUCGUUCCAAACUAUAAAGAAUCCUCCAAUUAUCCACAUAAAAUUUUUCCAACAUCUAAACUUACACCAUUUAAAAGAGCGCCUCCUUUUGUUGAAAUUACUCAUCCUCAUGGAAUUGGUGGGAUAAUGCCAUCUUCAGAAAAAGUUAGUGAAACCAAAAAGUCAAUUCAAAUAUUUGGGAAAUUUGUCACCUUACCAUUUUUCAAUAGUCCAGUUCAAUCAAUUACUCAUUCUGAAAAACAUUUAACGUAUUCACAAGACCACAGUAAACUUUCUAAACAUGAAAUUCCAAAACUAAAUACUAGAGAGGAAAUUAUAUUCAAUGAUGACAUCUUUAGCGAUCUUAUUUUCCCAUGUAAAACUCUCAAUUAUGAGGCCAAAAUUUUAGCAUCAAUUCUUUUCUAUUAUGCAAAUUUAUUAAAAAUGCCAAUUACUACAGAGGAUGCAUGCAUUGUAUGCAUGCGCAGUGUUUUGGUUCCCGCCAUUUCCGUACCUAAAAUUGAAUCAAAAGAAAAAAAAAGAGGAAUAACACCAAGUGAAGUAAUUAAUCCAUUUAUACCAACAUGUGUGAAUGCUUUGAUGACAAUGUCAAUGUUUUCCCCAGCAAAUAAAUUAACUUUGGAGUACAUACCACUACUAAAGACAUCAGAAAAUGCGUCCAAAGCAUUUGGGAAAUUAUGUAGUAAAACAAUGAACAAAUACAUUCAAAUAUUUGGAAUGAUUGGAAUUGGAAAUCACGGUAUAUCAUGUAAUCCAGCUCAAAUUCUAUUGAUUAAUUCUCUUCAAACUUCAAUUUGGAGCAGAUUUAAUGCAUUAUUUGCUUCAAACGAAUUAGCUCAGGUUGCAUGCAGAGUAAACUUAGAUUCUCAUGCAAGCCAAGCUUCAGGAGAAUGUAUUAAUUUGAUGAAAAAGAUUACUCUCGGAAUGUCUUAUGAUGAUAUUAAAGCGGUUUGUCAAUCAACAAUAAAGUAUUUGCAACCACAACCACUUGUAUUGAAUCCAAUAUUAUACACAAUAAGCUCCAUUUUCCAAUCUGUUACUGAAUUAGUAACAUAUAAUAAUAGUGAGUCCCUACAUAUUUCAAACUUUAUUAAGUUAUCAAAAAAAAUACUUUACUUUUCAAGACCAAAAAUGGAUUUGCAAGAAUACAUCAAUUCUUGUAAAGCUUUAGUAGAGAGUAAUAUUAACAUAAAAUUAAAAAGCAAAGAAACAUAUAAAAUAUGCAAAUCUACUUCGAAGGUUAUUUUAAAUGUAGUCGCACAUUACCAUGUUCCACUGGAACUUCAGGUUUUCCAUAAGAAACAAUUUAACCCUAGAGUUGUUUUCAUUAAGAAAACUAUUGAAAACUACAGGGAUUUGGUUAAGAGAGAGUUUAGUAUUCAUAGCAGCCAGUGA